CUACUACCCUCUUUACUCCCCUUCCCACGUCCUGAAUAUACUAUACCAACAUGUGGCUGGUCCCUCAGGGGGAAGGGAUGCCUCAGCAUGGGCCUGCUUAGACACCCCUUCCCCCAAUACCUUACCACACCCCAAUAGAACAUAUCUUAUAUCUCUUUAUCCUUUUAUAAACACAUCACCCAUUAAUCUAGCUAAUCAGAUAGUCAAUCUGCCCUUGGCCUAUGACUCUCAAUCUCCGCCUCUGGAGUUCUGGGAUUGCAGAAGGCUGCCACACAUGCCUGGCGUUGAAAGUGUUCUAGGGUCUAAACUCCAAUCCUUACAGUGCAAAUCCAAGUGGAGGAGAAAGAAGAGGAUACAGAGGAAAGCUCAAGUGAAGAAGAAGAAGAUAAGCUACCCAGAAGAGAGAGCUUGAGACCAAAGAGGAAACGGACCAGAGAUGUCAUCAAUGAGGAUGACCCAGAACCGGAGCCGGAGGAUGAAGAAACAAGAAAGGCAAGAGAAAAAGAAAGGCGGAGGAGGCUGCGGAGAGGAGCGGAAGAAGAAGAAGAAAUUGAUGAAGAGGAAUUAGAACGGUUAAAAGCACUGCUCGAUGAGAAUAGACAAAUGAUCGCUACUGUCAAAUGUAAACCUUGGAAAAUGGAGAAGAAAAUUGAAGUUCUCAAGGAAGCAAAGAAAUUUGUGAGUGAGAAUGAAGGCGCUCUUGGGAAAGGAAAGGGAAAGAAGUGGUUUGCAUUUAAGAUGAUGAUGGCCAAGAAAUGGGCAAAAUUCCUCCGAGAUUUUGAGAACUUCAAAGCGGCUUGCGUCCCAUGGGAAAACAAAAUCAAGGCAAUUGAAAGUCAGUUUGGUUCCUCAGUGGCCUCGUACUUCCUGUUCCUCAGGUGGAUGUACGGCGUCAACAUGGUUCUCUUUGUGUUGACCUUCAGCCUCAUCAUGUUACCGGAGUACCUCUGGGGUUUACCGUACGGCAGCUUACCUAGGAAAACAGUCCCAAGAGCUGAAGAAGCAUCUGCAGCCAACUUUGGUGUGUUGUAUGACUUCAAUGGCCUGGCGCAGUACUCUGUCCUCUUUUAUGGCUAUUACGACAAUAAACGCACGAUCGGAUGGCUGAAUUUCCGGCUACCUCUUUCCUACUUCCUGGUGGGGAUUAUGUGCAUUGGAUACAGCUUCCUGGUUGUCCUCAAAGCGAUGACCAAAAAUAUUGGUGACGAUGGUGGUGGCGAUGACAACACUUUCAACUUCAGCUGGAAGGUGUUCUGUAGCUGGGACUAUCUGAUUGGUAACCCUGAAACAGCCGACAACAAGUUUAACUCUAUCACGAUGAACUUUAAGGAAGCCAUCAUAGAAGAGAGAGCCGCACAGGUGGAGGAGAACAUCCACCUCAUCAGAUUUCUGAGGUUUCUCGCUAACUUCUUCGUGUUCCUCACACUUGGUGCAAGUGGAUACCUCAUCUUUUGGGCUGUGAAGCGAUCCCAGGAGUUCGCCCAGCAAGAUCCUGACACCCUUGGGUGGUGGGAAAAAAAUGAAAUGAACAUGGUAAUGUCCCUCCUGGGGAUGUUCUGUCCCACCCUGUUUGACUUAUUUGCUGAACUGGAAGAUUACCAUCCUCUCAUUGCUCUGAAGUGGCUCCUGGGGCGCAUUUUUGCUCUUCUUCUAGGCAACUUGUAUGUAUUCAUUCUCGCCUUGAUGGAUGAGAUUAACAACAAGAUUGAAGAGGAGAAGCUUGUGAAGGCCAAUAUUACCCUGUGGGAAGCCAACAUGAUUAAGGCUUACAAUGAAUCUCUCUCUGGGCUCUCUGGGAACACCACAGGAGCACCCUUUUUCGUUCAUCCUGCAGAUGUCCCUCGCGGUCCCUGCUGGGAAACAAUGGUGGGGCAGGAAUUCGUGCGUCUCACCGUUUCUGACGUCCUGACCACUUACGUCACGAUCCUCAUUGGCGACUUCCUCAGAGCAUGUUUCGUGAGGUUCUGCAAUUACUGCUGGUGCUGGGACUUAGAAUAUGGAUAUCCUUCAUACACAGAAUUCGACAUCAGUGGCAACGUCCUCGCUCUGAUCUUCAACCAAGGCAUGAUCUGGAUGGGCUCCUUCUUCGCUCCUAGCCUCCCGGGCAUCAACAUCCUCCGUCUCCACACAUCCAUGUAUUUCCAGUGCUGGGCUGUGAUGUGCUGCAAUGUUCCCGAGGCCAGGGUGUUCAAAGCUUCCAGAUCCAACAACUUCUACCUCGGCAUGCUGCUACUCAUCCUCUUCCUGUCCACCAUGCCGGUCCUGUACAUGAUCGUCUCCCUCCCGCCAUCUUUUGAUUGUGGGCCCUUCAGUGGUAAAAACAGGAUGUUUGAAGUCAUCGGUGAGACCCUGGAACAUGACUUCCCAAGCUGGAUGGCGAAGAUCCUGAGGCAGCUUUCUAACCCCGGCCUUGUCAUUGCUGUCAUUCUGGUGAUGGUCCUGACCAUCUAUUAUCUCAAUGCUACUGCCAAGGGCCAGAAAGCAGCGAAUCUGGACCUCAAAAAGAAGAUGAAACAGCAAGCUUUGGAGAACAAAAUGCGAAACAAGAAAAUGGCAGCGGCUCGAGCAGCUGCAGCUGCUGGUGGCCAGUAAUUUUAUCAAAUGUCCUGGAGGUGCCCAGAAGUACUCUUCACUUCUGUCUUUGUAUGGACAGAGUGAGGGCCAGUGAACUGCUGCUCUAUACUCUACCACCAAUGCACCAUCAUGGCCGCAGUCAUGACCAUCUGUCAAGGAAUCAUCAGCCCUCUUUGAGCAAGAAGAAUCUCACCAUAUUAUGGAUUUUUCAAGAUUCUGACUCUCUCUCUCUCUCUCCUGACAAGUUCUCAAACAAAUGGAGUUUAAAUGUGGGUGUGAUGUAGUGAUACAAAUUACUGGGUAAAAAUGAUAGGAUACUUUAAAAAAGUCAACAUUUCCUCAUAUGGACUUUUUCUUACACACUGGUCUAGUUUCUUAAAUGAGAGGAGAGCUAUUACAACAUCCUUUGCUAUCUAAAUUUGGAACUAUCUGCAUGAAGCAUUCCUUGUGAUCAUUCAUUCACUUACUGUUUCAUGUGCACUGUUUUUCUUACUAAUUCAUUAAGAUGCUAGAGUUGACUUGGUUCUCACCUAUAUAAAUGUCACAUUCAUAAAAUACAAAUUUUAAGAGAAUUGGCUCACUUUUAAAAUAUAGUAUUCUCUGUCACCUCCUUUAUUUAUUUAUUUAUUUAUUUAUUUAUUUAUUUAUUUAUUUAUUUAUUUUGUCUUGCUACCCAUGAACCCAAUCCUCAUAUCGGCACUUUUGUAUCUGCAGCUGGAUUCAGUAUGAAAAUCAAGAGGCUUUUCAGGAGAAAUGUGACAUGUAAUUUGAUAUUCCCUCUAUUGCUGACUUAACAAUAGUUUAUCACCAUGAGGAGGCAUGCAAUUCUUAGACGAACUGUACCUUUAUGAGUUCAGGAGAAGAAGACAGCAUAAACGAGUGCUGUCCAGUCAGAGUCUCCUUGCUGAAAGCUCAAUGCUAAUCUUUCCUGAACUUAGACUGUUGUCGUUUUCGCUUUUUUUGUUGAGAUUAGGCCUUUAGUUGAAGCUUUAGCUUAUAGCCAUGUUUAAGCAUGUUUAUCUAAAGUCUGAGCUGACUGAACGGUAGCACUCAGCGCCCUCCUCGUCUUGUGCUGUGAACUUAGUAAUAUCUUCUAACUCACAGCAUCCUUUUCCAGAGCUAAGCCAAACUCAAUUCCCUGCAGUUCACAUGCUGAGUUUUGUUGCCCUUUGACCUACUCCUUCUCUUUAAGCUUCUCUUGGCCAUGGAAUGAUCAUACUGUUCUCUUGCCAAUUCCUGACUCGGUUCUUCCAAUUACCUUGUCCAGAUUGGCAACUAGUCCCAGUCACUCUCCUAACCGCAUUCCUUAGAAUCUUGUAUCUGUAUUCUCAGCGUAGCAUCUGUAUAUUUUCUGUGAUUUUUCAUGGUUGUUAUUCUUAUAUGCAUGGAUAAUCUUUCCUAUCUAGACGGUAGCUCUAUAGGAACAUAGAUUAUAUCUUCUCAUUCUUUUAUAUGUCUCAUACAGUGCUGUGCACAGUUGGACACUGCAUAAAUGCUUCUUAAUUAAAUUGAAUCAAUUUGACUUAUCGCAGUUGAGACAAAACUUGUGUUAGUUGUGUGGAAAAUGUUCUAUGAUAUAAGAAAUGGAUUAACUGCUGUCAGACUUUUGUUAUCACUAGACUAUAAUGCAGCAAAUAAAGAUCGUGUUGAUUUCUA